AUGGGCUAUGGGCGCACUUCUCAGGUCACGGACGUUGACGAGCCGAAGGCCAGGAUCGCCGGUGCGUCAACGUUCGCUCAGGCCUCCUCCAUAGCCUCCCAGAGAUAUCAGCACGACUUACCGCAGACUCUCUCCUUGCAUGGCAUCUCUACUUCUACCUCAUCUCUCAAUUCUGAUACCUGCCGGCCCGGUCGCGGCUCCCCGGGCACGCGUCUCCCACCUGGCCCAAUCGGUACCGCAUUCUUUCAAAUUACUUAUCCUUACUGA